AUGUGGUCCAGAAACUUUAUACCGGAUUAUGGGAUCACGCUGCUCUCCAUCUAUCUAUUGCUGUUUUUGGCCGCAAAAAUCCACGGGGUCGAAGGUUUUGUGUCAUGUUCGCCGUCGCCCUGCAAAAAUGGUGGGACGUGUCUUUCUACACUGCGGGGAGAAUAUUUUUGCAACUGCACAUCCCGUUACGCCGGCGAGUUCUGCCAGCAUCUGAACCCUUGCCACAGUGAGUCCAGUCCUCGAUGCCAAAACGGUGGGACAUGUCGAGUACGCCCUGGUGCCGGAGGGGCUCCGCCCUCAUUUGCUUGCGACUGCCCUCUCGGCUUCAGCGCUUCCCUCUGCGAAAUAAGAGUACCAGCGGCCUGUGACUCUGCACCAUGCUUAAAUGGAGCAACGUGUAGGCUGACGUCAUUGCACACCUAUGAAUGUGACUGUCCGCCUGGUUAUACAGGUGAAGAAUGUUCCCACGAAGACCACUGUGCAUCCCAGCCGUGUAGAAACGGUGGGCGUUGUGUAGCUGACAACACCACAGCCGUUGGAUACUCCUGCGCAUGUCCUCCAGGCUUUACAGGUGUAAGAUGUACUGAAGACGUCGUCGAAUGCUCCAGUGGGUCAGGACCUUGCCACCAUGGAAGAUGCUUUAACACCCAUGGCUCUUACACUUGUGUAUGUGAACCAGGGUAUACUGGUCGGGAUUGUGAUACGGAAUACGUGCCUUGUGAACCCUCCCCAUGCUUGCAUGGUGGAAGGUGUACCCAACUGGAUCCCUUGAGAUAUGAAUGUGACUGUCCUACAGGCUAUCGCGGUCAGAAUUGCGAGAUCGAUAUUGACGACUGUCCAGGUCAUCUAUGUCAAAAUGGUGCCACCUGCGUUGAUGGUCUCAACUCUUACACUUGCGAGUGCCCUCCCACUUUCACCGGUACCCUGUGCGAGACAGACGUUGACGAAUGUGCUUUAAGGCCGUUAGUAUGUCAAAACGGGGCUACGUGUACCAAUUCCGUGGGCGGGUUCUCGUGCAUCUGUGUGAACGGAUGGACGGGGCCGGAGUGUUCUGUGAACAUCGACGAUUGCGCUGGUGCUGCGUGUUUCAAUGGAGCAACUUGCAUAGAUCGUGUGGGCGCGUUUUACUGCAAGUGUACGCCGGGAAAGACUGGUCUCCUCUGCCAUUUGGACGAUGCUUGCACGUCGAACCCGUGUCACGCAGACGCAAUCUGCGACACCAGUCCCAUCAACGGCUCCUAUACUUGCUCCUGCGCGUCUGGUUACAAGGGAUUGGACUGCUCUGAAGAUAUAAACGAAUGUGAACAGGGUUCUCCUUGCGAACACGACGGUAUCUGCGUGAACACUCCAGGCUCAUUUGCCUGUAACUGCUCAGUGGGCUUCACCGGUCCUCGAUGUGAAACAAACGUAAAUGAAUGCGAGAGCCAUCCUUGUAGAAACGACGGAUCUUGCUUGGAUGACCCUGGUACCUUCAGAUGUGUAUGCAUGCCUGGUUUCACUGGAACACAAUGCGAGGUGGAGAUAGACGAGUGCGCAAACAAUCCGUGUCUGAACGGCGGCGUGUGCCACGACAUGAUAAAUGCCUUCAGAUGCACCUGUGUUAUUGGAUUCACUGGAGCAAGAUGCCAAGUUAACAUCGACGAUUGUGCAUCAAGUCCUUGUAGAAAUGGAGGUACUUGUCAUGAUUCAAUAGCUGGAUACACCUGCGAAUGUCCUCCUGGUUAUACUGGAAUGUCCUGCGAAACAAAUAUCAACGAUUGUCUCUCAGCGCCGUGCCAUCGAGGGGAGUGUAUCGAUGGUGACAAUAGCUUCACUUGUAACUGCCAUCCAGGGUACACUGGCCGCGUGUGCCAAACUCAGAUCAAUGAAUGUGAAUCUAAUCCUUGCCAAUUUGGAGGUCACUGUGAAGAUUUAAUCGACGGCUAUCAAUGCCGAUGCAAAGCUGGAACAUCUGGGCGGAACUGUGAGAUCAAUGUCAACGAAUGUUAUUCCAACCCAUGCAGGAAUGGUGCCACCUGUAUAGAUGGCAUUAAUAGGUACACGUGCGAGUGUAUCCCGGGAUUCACCGGGCAGCACUGCGAGACCAACAUCAACGAGUGCUUGUCCAAUCCCUGUGCGAAUGGCGGCAAGUGCAUCGACCGCAUCAAUGGCUUCCGAUGUGAAUGUCCACGGGGUUACUACGAUGCUAGAUGUUUAUCCGACGUGAACGAAUGCGCUUCUAAUCCUUGCAUCAACGGCGGUACUUGUGAGGAUGGUGUCAAUCAAUUCAUAUGUCACUGCUUGCCGGGUUAUGGAGGCCAACGCUGUGAGCGUGACAUAGACGAGUGCAGUUCGAACCCGUGCCAACAUGGCGGCACUUGUCACGACCGACUCAACGCGUACAAAUGUGACUGCGUGUUAGGAUUUACUGGUGUAAACUGUGAGACUAACAUCGACGAUUGCGCCGGCAACCCCUGCCUGCACGGGGGGUCCUGCAUCGACCUCGUGAACGGCUACCGAUGCGUGUGCGCUCCACCACAUUCUGGCAGGAACUGUGAAAACACACUUGAUCCUUGUUUACCUAAUCAAUGUCGUCACGGCGGCCGCUGUAUAGCCGAGGCGUCAUACGCGGAGUUCACGUGUCAGUGCCCUGUCGGCUGGACGGGCGCGCUCUGCGAGCGGGACGUGGACGAGUGCGCCGUGACAGCUCCCUGCCAUAAUGAAGCUACUUGUAUCAACACUGAGGGGUCCUAUGCCUGUCUAUGUGCCCAUGGGUAUGAGGGGAAGGACUGUGCGAUAAACACGGAUGAUUGUGCUUCGUUCCCCUGUCAAAACGGAGCGACAUGUUUAGACAGUAUCGGUGAUUACAACUGCGUGUGCGCGAGCGGCUUCGCGGGCAAGCACUGUGAAGUGGAUAUAGACGAGUGCCAGUCUAGACCUUGUAUGAAUGGCGCUACUUGCAAUCAGUACGUGGCAUCAUACACCUGCACUUGCCCUCUUGGCUUCUCGGGCAUCAACUGUCAGACCAACGACGAAGACUGCACAGAAUCUAGCUGCAUGAAUGGAGGGACCUGUAUCGACGGCAUCAACUCUUACAACUGCUCUUGUCCCCCUGGGUACACGGGUUCAAACUGCCAGUUCAGGAUAAACAUGUGUGACAGUUCUCCAUGCGACAACGGCGCGACCUGCCACGACCACGUCACCUACUACACUUGCCACUGUCCCUACGGAUACACUGGAAAGCAUUGCGAGACUUUUGUUGAUUGGUGUGAGAACAACCCCUGUGAGAAUGGAGCGACUUGCUCACAAAAGGGCCCGCAGUACACGUGCACGUGCGCGCCGGGCUGGUCCGGCAAGCUGUGCGAUGUUGAGAUGGUGUCAUGUAAAGACGCUAGUAUUAGAAAAGGUGUGAAACUAAAACAACUAUGUAAUAACGGGUCCUGUGAAGACAUUGGUAACUCCCAUCGUUGUCACUGUCUCGACGGAUACACCGGCUCCUAUUGUCAGAAGGAAAUAAAUGAAUGCGAUUCAGCACCGUGUCAAAAUGGCGCCAUUUGCAAAGAUCUAGUUGGUACCUACCAAUGUCAAUGUGCUAAAGGAUUCCAAGGACAAAAUUGUGAAUUAAACGUCAACGACUGUCUACCAAACCCAUGCCAAAAUGGCGGGACGUGCCAUGAUUUAAUUAACAACUUCUCAUGUUCAUGCCCAUUCGGAACUUUGGGUAAAAUCUGUGAAAUUAACGUAAAUGAUUGCAAGCAAGACGCAUGUCACAAUAAUGGUACUUGUAUUGACAAAGUUGGUGGGUUUGAAUGCAAGUGUCCUCCGGGAUUCGUGGGGCCGAGAUGUGAAGGAGAUAUUAAUGAAUGCCUAUCUAACCCAUGUUCCAGUCCCGGGACACAAGAUUGUGUGCAAUUGAUCAACGAUUACCAUUGUAACUGCAAACCCGGAUACAUGGGACGACAUUGCGACGCUAAAGUGAACUUCUGUGCAAACUCACCAUGUCAAAAUGGUGGGAUAUGUUCGGCAAUCCAAGGAGGUCAUGAUUGCUUAUGCGGUGAUGGUUUCUAUGGGAAAAACUGCGAGUACUCCGGCUAUGCGUGUGACUCUAAUCCAUGCCAAAAUGGUGGUUAUUGUAGAACAUCAGAAAUUGGUGACUACGUUUGUGACUGUCCGUCAGGAUUGUCUGGUGUCAACUGUGAAAUUGAUUCUAUGAACGAAUGCUUGAGCAAUCCUUGCAAGCACCCAGAUGCUAGAUGUAUAGAUAAACCUGGCGAUUACUUAUGUUAUUGUCCAAGACAAUGGACCGGAAAAAGCUGUGAUAUCCAUGACCCUCACUCACGAGGUGGAUACGGAAGCCCUGUGUCUGGAGUGUUCAGUAAAAACCCUGGACUUACUCUGCAGGAGCUAGAUUUAGCUUUCCAAAGAGAGACAUGUGUCAAAUUAGGCUGUAAAGAGAAGAGGGGUGACCAUCAUUGUGACGAAGAGUGUAAUACGUACGCAUGCGAGUUCGACGGCAACGAUUGCUCCCUUGGUAUAAAUCCGUGGGAAAAUUGCACAGCCCCGAUUAAAUGUUGGGAAGUGUUUAUGAAUGGAGAAUGUAAUGAAGUGUGUAAUACACAAGCUUGCCUGUUCGAUGGUAGAGAUUGUCAGAAAUCCCUCCAAAAAUGUAACCCUGUAUAUGACGCGUACUGCCAAAAGCACUAUGCCAACGGGCAUUGUGACUAUGGAUGUAACAACGCGGAAUGUAAUUGGGAUGGUUUGGACUGCGAGAAUGAACCACCUGAUCUCGCAGAAGGCGUAAUGUCUGUUAUUCUUUUGAUGGAUAUGAGAACGUUCAAAGAAAAUUCUGUGGCAUUUUUGCGUGACUUAGGUCAUCAACUACGAACAACCGUGUUGAUAAAGAAAGACCAUUUGGGCAACGAUAUGGUGAUUCCAUGGAAAGGCUCGACAGAUGUUGGCCUUCAAGAUACUGAAUUUGGAAAGAAACAUCAAAUAGUUUAUACGGAGAGGGGACAGUCGGGGGUUAAAGUUUAUUUGGAAAUUGAUAAUAGGAAAUGUACAUCGAUGUCUGCAUCAGAGUGUUUCUUCUCAGCACGUGAAGCGGCUGAGUUUUUAGCUGCAACCGCAUCUAAACAUUCAUUGUCGCCUGACUUUCCUAUUUAUCAAGUUAAAGAUGAAACACCCCCUGAAGUAGAUAAUUUACCAACAAAUUUUAAAUACGUCUUUAUCGGGGUAAUUCUAGUUCUUCUAGCUGGUCUAUUAAUUGGGGUGCUAGUGACCGCUCAGAGGAAACGUGCGGCUGGUAUAACUUGGUUCCCAGAAGGGUUUAUUCGUAAUAAUUCAACAACCCGUCGUCGCUCACGACGCAGGGGUCCAGAUGGACAAGAGAUGAGGAAUCUGAACAAAGGGUCCAUGGGAUGUAUGGAUGUAGACAUCAAUGGUGGUCACAUGGGUCCUCCCCAUUGGUCUGAUGAUGAUGAUGAUGGAUCAGCACCACCAAGGGCCAAAAGACCUAGAGGUCCAGGAGACGCGAAUGGAGCACCCGGUGGCUACGCUUCAGACCACACAGCAAUCACGGACUAUGAGGAAGCCAGUCAUGAGUCCAGGGUUUGGACUCAACAGCAUUUGGAUGCUGCGGAUAUAAGGGUACCACCGAGUAUGAUGACGCCACCUGCUAUCCACGAUGGCCACGUGGAUGUUAAUGCAAGAGGACCUCUCGGAAUGACACCAUUGAUGGUAGCAGCUAUAAGAGGAGGUGGUCUUGACACUGGUUCUGAUGUGGAAGAUGAGCAGACCGCCCACAUUAUAUCAGAGCUGGUCGCCCAGGGGGCACAGCUCAAUGCUGCUAUGGAUAAGACUGGAGAAACCAGUCUUCAUCUUGCUGCCAGAUACGCACGCGCAGACGCAGCCAAACGUUUGCUAGAUGCGGGUGCGGAUGCGAACUCACAAGACAAUACGGGCAGGACGCCAUUACACUCUGCGGUCGCAGCAGAUGCGAUGGGCGUGUUCCAGAUUCUUCUACGGAAUAGGGCCACCAAUCUCAAUGCUAGGAUGCAUGAUGGCACCACCCCCCUUAUUUUGGCUGCGAGACUGGCAAUAGAAGGCAUGGUGGAGGAUCUGAUCAAUGCGGAUGCGGAUAUAAACGCAGCAGACAACAGCGGCAAGACCGCGCUGCACUGGGCGGCGGCAGUCAACAACGUGGACGCUGUCAACGUUCUGUUGGUGCAUGGCGCUAAUAGAGACGCUCAGGAUGACAAGGACGAGACACCACUAUUCUUAGGCGCACGGGAAGGCUCGUAUGGGGCAUGCAAAGCCUUACUGGACGCGAUGGCGAAUAGAGAAAUAACAGACCAUAUGGAUAGACUGCCGCGAGACGUCGCCCAAGAGAGAAUGCAUGAUGAUAUUGUGCGACUUUUAGACGAGCACUGUCCGAGACCGCCGCAGCAUCAUCAUUUGAUGUCAUCACCAAAUCCUCAUCCGCAGUUGAUAAGCCAGCCCACUGUUAUUAGUGCGACGGCGAACAAAGGCAAGCCCAAGAAACCUCGCGCGAAGCCUGGACCGGACAGUCCGCAGGAGCAAGCCUACGAUAAUAAUUUACAAGCAUCUCAAAUACGACGGAAGCCGAGUGUAAAAAAGAACAAUAAGAAAGUGGCGCAAGAAGUGCCUCAAAGUGUAGAGAGUUUGGGAUUCAGUCUCAGCCCUGUUGAGUCACCACUGCAAAAUUUACAGGACCUACCGUCGCCGUACGACGCGACGUCGCUGUACUCCAACGCGAUGGCGCAGUUUCCCCUGGAGCAGCUCGUGCAGCACAAGCAGCCGCCCAGCUACGAUGAUUGUGUUAAGACGGGCCAAACACUGCAGUACAGCGGCGGGCUGGGCGCGUCGUUGUCGCCGCCAUACUCCAACCACUCGCCCACGCACAGCAACCAGACGACCUCCCCACACGCGUAUAUAGGGUCCCCGUCGCCGGGCAAGGCGCGGCCGUCGCUGCCCACGUCGCCGGCGCACAUGGCGGCGCUGCGGCACCACCACCUCGACGCGGCCGCCUACUCUGCGCUUGCGCACCUUAGUGCGAACGGGCAACAUAACGCGCAGCUACAGGCGGUGAUGACGCACGCCGCGGCGCUCGGGCAGGUGCAGGGCGCGCAGCAUCCCGCCAUCACCAAUAUCAUGUCCGGUCUCUACGGCAGCUGGGGUAUGGGGGACACGUUCCCCACCCCCUCCCCCGAGUCCCCCGACCACUGGUCCACCCCCUCCCCCCAGACACCCCUCACACAAUCCCCCCACUCUGAUUGGUCGGAUCGCGCCGCCCUCUCCCCCAACGACAUUCAACAAACAAACAAAGGGGCGACUGAAGCGUUUUAUAUA